UGCUAGAAUACGGGUGGAAAUAGAAUAAGGCGCGAGGCUGCUGGCGGUGUGUUGAACAGUGUGUGAAUGAUCUGGAGGUUAAAGUCGCGCUGGCGGGUUUAUAAUAAUGGCUCAGAAUAAAAGAGUGGCGUCUCAGAGCAGGAGGGCUCAGGUGGUGAUAGAUGAGGAUGAUGAAGGUUCUCUCACUCAGCCCACCGUGUCUCAGCUACAGAAAGCCAGAGAGAAUUUCACACCUGUACAGGUGGACCGCAAGGUUGCUGAAGUUGUGCAGUUUAUUCUGAUUAAAGACCAGAAAAAGAUUCCACUCCGCAGAACAGACAUUGUUAAACAUGUGAUGAAGGAGUACCGGAUUCUGUACCAGGACAUCAUGAAGCGAGCGGCCCGAACCUUUGAGCAGGUGUUUGGGCUGAAGCUGGUGGAGAUCGACUCCAAGAAUCACAUUUACAUCCUCACCAACAAACUGGAGCCGUCCCGUGAGGAACCAAUCAGCAUGUGUCCUGCAAACCCAAAGACCGGGUUACUGUUUGUGAUCCUCAGUGUUAUUUUCAUGAAGGGAGGAAGUGUUAAAGAGGCUUUAGUGUGGAACACGCUGAAGAAACUCCGAGUGGACGUCGGGGAGAAACAUGAAGAGUUUGGAGAUGUGAAGAAGAUCAUCACUGAUGAAUUUGUGCGACAGAAGUAUCUGGAGUAUGUCCGUAUUCCUCACACUGAGCCCAUGGAGCACGAGUUCCGCUGGGGUCCGAGGGCUGACGCUGAGGUGUCCAAACUCCGAAUGCUCCACUUUAUUGCUGAGCUGCAUGAUCAGGAACCUCAGUCAUGGACCCAGCAGUACCGAGAGGCCAUGAGUGCAGAGAACAGCCAGAGAUAACACAGCGCGGGGGGGUGGGUGGGGUUUUAUC